GAGUACUGUGCACUACAGGAUCCAGCUAGGGGAACACUCACCGUGCCUGUCUGUCUGUCUGUCUCUCUGUCAGUCUAUAUCCUAAUCCUAUUUGCCUAUAUCACCUAUCCUCUGACCAAACAUCGACUGGGCUAGCUGUUGGGAUAUGAAGCUGCAUCUGCCUGUACUCUUGCUGCUCUGCCUCUGUUGGCUGGGACUGACUGAUGAGACUGGUACGGUAGCUCCUGAGGACCCCUCUUGCGGGGAGCAGGUGUUAAGCCAGGAGGCCCUGUGGUCAGUAGGAGGUGCUGUAGAGAGACUGGGCAGGCAGCUACUGGACAGCCUGCAGACAGGGCCAGAGCAGCCCAACAUCAUCAUAUCACCCCUCAGCGUGGCCCUCACACUGGCACAGCUCACACUGGGAGCUCGUAACGAGACACAGAAGUUGCUGCUAAGUUCUCUACACGCCCACACCGUACCCUGCUACCAUCAAUCCCUAGGCAGCCUGCUCGAACACCUCACCAACACCUCCCUACAGGUGGCCACACGCAUGUACCUGCGCCCAGAGUUUGAGGUGUACCAGUCCUUUGUUGCAGAAUCCGUGCGUAGCUACAAAUCAGAGCCCGCCACCUUGAUCUCAGUGGAGGAUGUCAACCAAUGGGUGGAAGACACCACCAAAGGUCACAUAACCAAUUUCCUGCCAAGUAUUCCGCAUGAUGUCGUGCUCAUGCUUAUCAAUGCUGUGCAUUUCAAAGGUGAGUGGGAGGCUCGCUUCGACCCUCAGCUCACACAGAAGGAUGUCUUCUACCUGGACAAUAAGAACUUUGUCCAUGUAGACAUGAUGCGCUCAGCCAAGUACCCACUGAGCCUGUUAGAAGACGGGGAGCUUGGGGCUCAGGUCGCACGUUUUCCAUUUAAGGGAAACACCAGCUUCCUGAUAGUGAGGCCGUUGCCAGGAAGAGGAAAUGUGUCAUCGCUGGUGGCCAAGCUGAAUAUCUCUGACCUGUACAGACGUCUACCUCAGGAGAGGACCAUGCAGGUCCAACUGCCCAAGUUCACCCUGCAGUACCGCCAAGAGUUACAGGAGGCGCUGACUAGCAUGGGUCUGGGCUCUUUGUUCUCCAGUCCUAAUCUGUCCGGUGUCUCAGAGGUUCCUCUGCAGGUGUCCAGCAUUCGUCACGCCUGCGGGGUGGAGCUGAGUGAGGAAGGGGCCGAAGCAUCUGCAGCCACCUCCAUCACCAUCAUGCGCUCUGUUCCCAUCUUUUCUGUAAACUCCCCCUUCCUGUUCGCCCUGGUAGACCACGCCUCCCUCGCUCCCCUCUUCCUGGGCACCGUCACUAACCCAGCCCCUGACGCCAGCCCCAUGCAGAUCGACAGUCCUCUCAGCGAUGAUCCCAAUGGCAACAGGACCCAAAGUGACAGCUCUCAUAGCAACAGCAAUGUACAGAACGAUGGUCCCCAUAGUAACAACAACGUACAGAGCGACGGUCCCCAUAGCAGCAACACCGUACAGAGUGACCAGCCACAAAGUGAGAGAACGCAGUGUGGUGCCCCUGUCGAAGGGGAGGAGCAACAACAGCCCUUGAAUGAAGUAGAGGGAAACCCCAACGCCCAAGUGGAGGGGCAAGGAUCCAGUUCCUGUGCCAAUCCCUCUCAUACGGUUCCUUCUUAAACCAACACCGAUGCCCAGCCUGCCCCAACCCAUCUCUCCCUGUCAUGUCCUGAACAACACUGCCCGACCAGCCGGUCACAUAUGGAGCCCAGCCCUCAUAUAGCAAAACCCAAUCUAUUGGCACAGUUCCCAGUCCAAAAUCAACCCCCUACUCCUAGACACCUGACAACUUCUCACAGUCCCUCCCCUCCCCAGUGUAUGCCCCCUGAUUACAACCCAAUGAUAUAGGCGAGACCAUGGACCUGUCCCAUACUACACUGUGUGUGCAGAUGAACACUCAAAUGUGAUGCUAUUUUUACACUUGGUUGUGCACUGUCUGUCUUACAGUAUUUGUUGUGUUUUGAUGUUUUACUUUCUCAUUUUGAUGAUUCCCACCUCUGGUAUUGAUUAAAGAAAAGUGAAAAGAAA